AUGAAGUUUGUUGUUGUUUUUGCACUUUGGGGGACCCUGUUCUGCCAGGGAUACAGCAACAGUCUAGACUCCUGUCAGGGUCGCUGUGAUUAUGGAACAGACAGCAACUACUCCUGUCAGUGUAACCCGUCCUGCGAGCGCUUCAAGGACUGCUGCUCAGACUACGCUCAGUUUUGUAAAGAAGGAUCCACGUCCUGUAAGGGCCGAUGUGAUGAGAAAUACAAUCCUGACAACAAGUGCCACUGCAACUCCAAGUGCUCCCAACACAACAACUGCUGCAGCGACUAUGCAGACCUCUGUGAUGACAGUGGUGGUGGUGGUAGUGUGAUCACUGAUGCUGAGCUCAAGGCCCUCUCUGAGAGUCUUUACGCUCUGGACUCAAACAAGGCUUCAGCCUCCCAGCUGGUCAUUGACCCUCAGGCCUUGGUGCCCGACUCUGAGACAAACGCCCAGACAGAUCUCUCGUCUCGCCCCUUGUUCCGCUACCUGGAUGAGGAUGCUUUGUUCUCCAAGCCCACCUAUGCUGCUUUCUUGGCUGUACUGGACAACUACCAGAGGAUGACUGGGCAGACAGAGGACUUCAGCCCCCAGCAGCUGGCUGAGCAGGAAGCCUUUGUCAGGGAGACCAUGUCCAACACCGAGCUGGGCAGAGAGCUCUUCGCCUUCCUCUACACCAAGGGUCGCUAUGCAUCAGAGGAAGAGUUCAUUCAGGACCUGAAAAUGAUGUGGUUUGGUCUCUACUCCCGUUACAACAACAAAAUGGACUCCAGCGGCUUUGAGCACAUCUUUGCAGGAGAAGUCAAGGGCGGCAAGGUGUCAGGUUUCCACAACUGGAUCCAGUUCUAUCUUCUGGAGAAAAAAGGCCUGCUCAACUACUACAGCCACAGCUUUGAUGGCCCUUGGAAUACCUACCCUGAUGUUCUGGGGAUGCAGUUCAAGUGGGAUGGCUACUUCAAGCAGGUCGGUUCUGCUAUCAUUGGUUGCAGUCCUGAGUUUGACUUUGCUGUCUACAGCCUCUGCUACAUCACUCGCCCUGGAAAACUGUGUCGUCUGAGUCUGGGAGGAAAGGAGCUGGCAAUCCAGACUUACACCUGGGAUAAAUCUUUCUAUGGUGAUCGGAAGAAGUACAUUGCCUCUGCUUUCCCUUCCACUCCCAGGAACUGAAGCAGCCAAACAAUAAGCCACAGACAGAGCAGUCUGUCAAUCACAUCUUUCAUUACCCUGACGAAUGAAUUUCAGUAACAUUCCCAAAAGAAUCAGUUAUCUUGGUGUAAGCGUAAAAAUUGUGCAAUGAAAUUUGAGCAACUU